AUGGAGAAACACCGGGCUUCGUGGAAGGCAGAAUUAUGGAUGAGAAGAAAAGUCCAUUCCCCAGACAGGGUUCAGGGUUCCAAGAAGACACCAGGAACUGGCGACUCUUGGGAUCCACGAUCGCUUCGCCGGGCAUCAAGCGAACGGGUCCAACCCUUGGACAGGCAAGAAAACUUAUUGGAUAGUGAUGGCUCUGCGGUCCCAAAGCUAGAGAAAACCAAUGGGGCUACCAGGGAGCAGGGUGGCCAAAGAAGUAACCACAAGGACAAGGCCCACAAGAAGGCCCCGCAUGGGUUGCUAAAGACCCUGGCGAACAUCCUGACCAGGACAGGGUCAGAGAAACAGAAGGAAAGGGGAGAAAAAAAGUCAAAGGAGAAAUGCAAUUCCCCUCAAGACCCAAAACACCUAGAGGCGUAUGUAGACCCACCAGAACCAACCUUUAAGAAAAAGAGCAAAGAAAAGGGAGACAAAAAAUCAAAGGAGAAAUGCAUCUCCCCUCAGAGCCCAGAACCCCCAGAGGCAUUGGCAGAACCACCAGAGCCAACCUCUAAGAAGAAGGAUGGGAGGUCUAGCCUCAAGAAGGCCUUUUCUUUUAAGAAAUAUGGCAAUGAAGAGGCCAAGAAAUCAUCAGGCUUGGACUCUAGAAGCCCUGAGGAAAGGAGGCCUACAAAGCCUACUUCUCUUGCUUUGCGCAUGUGCUAUAGACCAGCAAGUCUGACUACUCCUGACUCCGACGAAGAGGAAGUACAUGAGAGGUGGCCCACAGAAGUCAGGACUCUUGAUUCUACUGGACUUUCCAACCAAGUUGGGCAGCCCCCACCAAAGGAGGAACCACGUCUUAGAAGAGAUUCUGAAUCUAAGGACAUUGUUAUCCAGAAGAUAGUUGCUCUUCUCAAAGAGGAAGGAGACAGGUUCAAUGAAAAGAUCAAAGAAGACCCAAAUUUUAAGGCAGCCUGGGACAACCUCUCCCUUAACUCCAUAGACAAAUUGGUGGCUUUUCUUGGAGAUAAGGAAGAGAACCAGAAGGAGCCAGAUGGGAAUCAAGUAGAGAGACGCUAUCAUUCAACUACCAAAUUUACAGGCAACACUAACCAUGCUGUCCACCGACUCAUGGGCCGGAGAGACCUCAACGUUAUGCACACAUUUGGCCACAUGCCUUACGAUAACAAGCAGCUUCAUACUCGAAUCCACCAAGAACCAGCUUCCCUAAGUUCUCACGUAUGUCUUCCUUCCCUGGGCUCAGAGAUCUGCUGCGCCUGA